AUGCGUAUCCUCAACAAAGACCUGCGAUUACAAGACGUGACUCUCAUGUACCUCACUGUCAUGGCCACCGUGGUGGUGAUCCUGGUGGCUUCUUACCAAGCUCCUACCGCUUACUCCAGACCUUCUCUUGCCUAUCACAUCCUCUUAGAUCCAUCUGGGGAUCUGGAGCUGUCCUGGAACAUCAGUUAUCCCACUCAGGAGGUGUAUCUACAGCUGAGAGUGAAGGAGCUUCACCAUGGCGUUCUGCUGGGCAUGUCUGAUCGAGGCGAGCCCACAAAUGCCGACCUAGUUCUUCUGUGGGAUGAUGGACUGAAAUCGUAUUUUGGGGAUGCGUGGAGUGACGGUGAAGGUCGGGUGAUGUUGGACACCCAGCAGAACUAUCAGCUGCUGGAGACCCAUCACUCCCCUGAAGGUUUCUACCUGCUCUUCAAAAGACCCUUCAGCACCUGUGACCCUCACGACUAUAUCAUAGAGGAAGGCACCGUUCACAUAAUUUAUGCCAUUCUGGAGCGUCCAGUCCUGUCUUUGCAUGAGCUCAACGUGUCCCGCCUCCAGCCUGGUGUCCAGCGAGUCCUCCUCCUGCGUCCAGAAGCUCAAUCCCCUCCUCUACCGAGAGAUGUGCGCACCCUGGAGGUCCUAGCCCCUGAUGUCAUCAUCCCCACCCAGGAGACCACCUAUUGGUGCCACAUCUUUCAGCUUCCCCCCAAUAUGCCCAAGAACCACAUUGUCAUGUACGAGUCUGUCAUUACUCCUGGAAAUGAAGCCAUUGUUCAUCAUAUGGAAGUGUUUGAAUGCUCCCCGCAAAUGGACACAGUGCCUCAAUACAGCGGCUCCUGCGAUUCUAAGAUGAAACCUCGUAAACUCAAUUACUGCCGCCAUGUUCUGGCUGCCUGGGCCAUGGGAGCCGAGCCAUUUCACUAUCCUCCUGAUGCUGGAUUGCCUAUGGGAGGAGAUGGAUCCUCUAGAUUUCUUCGUCUUGAAGUUCAUUACCAUAAUCCUCUCCUUUUAUCAGGACGGAGAGACUCCUCAGGCAUUCGUUUAUGGCACACUCGGUCUCUGAGGAGGUUUGACGCAGGCAUCAUGGAGCUCGGGCUUGUCUACACCCCCGUUAUGGCCAUUCCCCCCCACCAGGACUUUUUCCAGCUGAGCGGCUACUGUACUGCCAAGUGUACACGGACGGCUUUUCCUGCAGGGGGUAUACACAUCUUUGCAUCCCAAUUGCACACUCACCUGGCCGGACUCGGGGUGAGAACUGUCCUGGUACGAGGAGACAAAGAGGUUGCGGUGGUACAGGAGGACAAACACUUCAGCACACAUUAUCAGAUCAUCCGUGUACUGAAGAAGAUGGUGACUGUAUUGCCAGGCGAUGUUCUCAUAACCAAGUGUACAUACGAUACAGAAGAUAGGAACAAAGUUACUGUGGGCGGCUUUGGGAUCAUGGAUGAGAUGUGUGUCAAUUAUGUGCAUUAUUACCCGCGCACACAGCUGGAGCUGUGCAAGAGUCACGUGGACCUAGAUUACCUGCAGAAAUACUUCAGCUUGAUUAACAGGUUUCAGGCCCGCGAGAGCUGCAGUUGUCCCCAGACGAGUGUGGAAGACCAGUUCUCCUCAAUAACCUGGGACUCCUUCAGCGCGGAGGUGCUGAACUCUCUCUACACCUCCUCCCCGAUCUCCAUGCACUGCAACCAAUCCACAGCUGAGCUCUUCCCUGGAGACUGGGAGAAGCAGGAAAUCCCAGUGGUCAAGACAGAGCUUGAGAGAGCCCCUUACCCGUGUGAAUUAAACCAGAGAUCCUCCUCUCAGAAUAACAACCCUACAGAGGUCAAACCUAACCGCAGCGGCUGA